AUUGGACAACUCUGAAUGGAUGCGUAAUGGUGAUUACACGCCUACUCGUUUAGAGGCACAAAAGGAUGCUGUUAAUCUCGUAUUUAGCUCGAAAACUCAACAAAAUCCAGAAAAUACUGUUGGAAUGCUAACUAUGGCCGGCAAAAGUCCCGAAGUCCUUGUUACCUUAACUUCAGAUCAUGGCAAAAUAUUGACUGCACUGCAUAAGACACAAAUUGGUGGUAAAAUUAAUUUUACAACUGGUAUUCAAAUUGCUCAGCUUGCACUCAAACAUAGACAAAAUAAGAAUCAAAAACAGCGAAUCAUAGUAUUUGUAGGCAGUCCGAUUGAAGCCGACAAAAAUACUCUAAUAAAGUUAGCUAAAAGAACAAAAAAGAACAAUAUUGCUGUGGAUAUCAUCAAUUUCGGGGAGGAAGCUGAAAAUACUGCUAAAUUAGAUGCCUUUGUGAGUGCCGUCAAAAGUGGUGAUAAUAGGCACGCAUUGCGCAUUUCGCUUGAAGAAGAAAAGCAACGGCAAGAAGAAGAAAAGGUACGACAAGAAGCUGAAGCGGCAAAAUCAAAAUCUACCACUGCUGCGGCUUCAAAUCAAGAGGGAGAAUCAACAACAAUGGCUGUUGAUCAACCAAUUACAAGUGGUGACUCAUCAAACCGAAAUGAUGGUUCUUUGGCACAACCAUCGGCUUCAGAAAAUGCAUGUAUAGAUUUUAAACUAACUGAAGAAGAGCAAAUGGCUCGUGCCAUUGAAAUGUCAAUGCAAAGUAGCGAUGGGAUUGUUGUAUCGGAUGAAGUUAUGAGUUCGGUGUUGCAAUCCCUACCGGGAGUAGAUACCCAUGAUCCAAGAAUUCAGAAUGUUCUUCAGCAGGGAUUUUCUGGAAAUAACAAUAAUCGAAAGGAAAACGAUGGUAAAGAUGGUGAAAAUGAGAAAAAAUAA